AUGGUCGGCCAACAGUACUCCAGUGCUCCAUUGCGGACAGUCAAAGAAGUCCAGUUUGGUCUGUUUUCUCCAGAGGAAGUCCGUGCUAUCAGUGUGGCAAAGAUCAAGUUCCCCGAGACGAUGGAUGAAACGCAGACAAGAGCCAAGAUCGGUGGGUUGAAUGACCCAAGACUGGGUUCGAUCGACCGUAAUCUGAAAUGUCAAACCUGUCAGGAAGGUAUGAGCGAGUGUCCCGGGCAUUUCGGUCACAUAGAUCUGGCUAAACCUGUCUUCCACGUUGGGUUCAUCACAAAGAUCAAGAAAGUUUGUGAGUGUGUGUGCAUGCACUGUGGGAAACUACUUUUGGACGAAAAUAACGAACAGAUGCGUCAAGUGAUGGCCAUCAAGGAUCCCAAAAAGAGAUUCAACGCAACCUGGGCUCUUUGUAAAACUAAAAUGGUGUGUGAGACAGACGUACCCUCCGAAAACGACCCCACCAAACUAGUGUCUAGAGGUGGUUGUGGCAACACCCAACCUACUGUCCGUAAAGAUGGGUUGAAGCUGGUAGGUAGUUGGAAAAGGAAAAAAACAAUUGAAGGUGAAGAACCGGAACAGAGAGUGCUGAGCACAGAAGAAAUCCUGAACAUCUUCAAACAUAUUUCCACGGAAGACUUUAUAAGACUGGGGUUCAACGAAGAAUUCUCGCGUCCCGAAUGGAUGAUUCUCACGGUGCUCCCCGUACCUCCUCCACCUGUGCGUCCCUCCAUUUCAUUCAACGAAUCGCAAAGAGGUGAGGAUGAUUUAACUUUCAAGUUGGCUGAUAUUUUGAAGGCAAAUAUUAGUUUAGAGACUCUAGAACACAACGGUGCCCCGCAUCACGCCAUCGAGGAAGCAGAAAGUUUGCUGCAGUUCCACGUUGCAACUUACAUGGAUAAUGAUAUCGCGGGUCAACCUCAAGCGUUGCAGAAGUCUGGCCGGCCUGUCAAGUCCAUCCGUGCCCGUUUAAAGGGUAAAGAGGGGCGUAUCAGAGGUAACCUGAUGGGGAAGCGUGUCGAUUUUUCUGCCAGAACAGUUAUUUCGGGUGAUCCAAACUUAGAGUUAGAUCAAGUGGGUGUCCCCAAAUCUAUCGCCAGAACUUUGACGUACCCAGAAGUUGUAACACCGUACAACAUUGAUCGUUUAACGCAGUUGGUACGGAACGGUCCUAAUGAACAUCCCGGUGCCAAAUAUGUCAUUCGUGAAAAUGGUGACCGUAUCGAUUUGAGGUACAGUAAGAGAGCCGGUGAUGUGCAGUUGCAGUACGGGUGGAAGGUAGAGCGUCAUAUCAUGGACGAUGAUCCUGUUCUGUUCAAUCGUCAACCUUCGCUACAUAAAAUGUCCAUGAUGGCUCACAAAGUCAAGGUGAUACCUUACUCUACUUUCAGGUUAAAUCUGUCCGUUACAUCUCCCUACAAUGCCGAUUUUGAUGGUGACGAAAUGAAUUUACAUGUUCCUCAAUCCGAGGAGACGAGGGCAGAGUUAUCCCAACUUUGUGCCGUUCCCCUACAGAUUGUAUCUCCACAAUCGAAUAAGCCCUGUAUGGGGAUUGUACAAGAUACUUUGUGUGGUAUUCGUAUUUUAACGUUGAGAGAUACGUUCUUGGAGCUUGACCAUGUUCUUAACAUGUUAUAUUGGGUUCCUGAUUGGGAUGGUGUGAUUCCAACUCCUGCUAUCUUGAAACCAAAACCUUUGUGGACCGGUAAACAGAUUCUAUCUGUGGCCAUUCCAAAUGGUAUUCAUCUACAGCGUUUUGAUGAAGGCACUACAUUGUUAUCGCCAAAGGAUAAUGGUAUGUUGAUUAUUGAUGGGCAAAUUAUAUUUGGUGUUGUCGAUAAGAAGACCGUCGGUUCUUCGAGCGGUGGUUUGAUUCAUGUCGUUACUAGAGAAAAGGGUCCGCAGACCUGUGCAAGGUUAUUUGGUAAUAUUCAAAAAGUGGUAAAUUUCUGGUUGUUGCAUAACGGGUUUUCGACCGGUAUUGGUGAUACCAUUGCUGAUGGUGCUACAAUUAAGGAAAUUACCGAGACAAUUGCUGAAGCCAAAAAGAAGGUCGAAGAAGUUACCAAAGAAGCUCAAGCCAACUUGCUGACUGCAAAGCAUGGUAUGACACUACGUGAAUCUUUUGAGGAUAACGUCGUGCGUUUCCUGAACGAAGCAAGAGACAAAGCUGGUCGUCUAGCUGAAGUCAACCUGAACGAUACAAACUUCGUGAAACAGAUGGUCAGCGCCGGUUCCAAGGGUUCGUUUAUUAAUAUUGCACAAAUGUCGGCCUGUGUCGGUCAACAAUCCGUCGAAGGUAAACGUAUUGGUUUUGGUUUUGUGGAUCGUACUCUGCCCCAUUUUUCAAAGGACGAUUAUUCUCCAGAAUCCAAGGGUUUUGUUGAGAACUCCUAUCUAAGAGGGUUGACUCCUCAGGAAUUCUUUUUCCAUGCUAUGGGUGGUCGUGAAGGUUUAAUUGAUACUGCUGUCAAGACUGCCGAAACUGGGUAUAUUCAACGUCGUUUGGUUAAGGCUUUGGAAGAUAUCAUGGUCCACUACGAUAACACUACCAGAAACUCCCUUGGUAACGUCAUCCAAUUCAUCUAUGGUGAAGACGGUAUUGAUGCAUCUUACAUCGAGAAACAGUCCCUAGAUACCAUUGGGGGUUCUGAUGCUGCUUUCGAAAAGAAAUACAGAAUAGAUUUGAUGAAUGUUCAAAAUUCGUUGGAUCCAACGCUAUUGGAAUCCGGCUCUGAAAUUACUGGUGAUCUGAAAUUACAAACGCUUCUAGAUGAGGAAUACAAGCAACUCGUUAAAGACCGUGCCUUUUUGAGAAACGUGUUUGUGGAUGGUGAGUCUAACUGGCCACUACCUGUUAAUAUCAGACGUAUCAUCCAAAAUGCUCAGCAGACAUUCAGAAUCGAUCACUCGAAACCAUCUGACUUAACAAUUCGCGAUAUCAUUGAUAGUGUGAAUGAACUUCAAUCGAAGUUGUUGGUGCUACGUGGUAAGAGUGAAAUCAUCGAAAGGGCGCAGACAGACGCUGUAACCUUGUUCUGUUGUUUGGUACGUUCGCGUUUAGCCACACGGAGGGUGCUUAAGGAAUACAGAUUAACAAAAGAGGCGUUUAACUGGGUUUUGAAUAACAUCGAGGCGCAAUUUUUGCGUUCUGUCGUUCAUCCUGGUGAAAUGGUGGGUGUGUUAGCUGCUCAAUCUAUCGGUGAACCUGCGACACAGAUGACACUGAACACUUUCCAUUUUGCCGGUGUUGCUUCGAAGAAAGUUACCUCCGGUGUUCCUCGGUUAAAGGAAAUUUUAAAUGUUGCCAAAAACAUGAAAACUCCUUCUUUAACAGUUUAUCUGAAGGACGACUACUCAUCUGACCAAGAAAAAGCAAAAUUAAUUAGAUCCGCUAUAGAACACACGACGUUAAAGAGUGUCACAGUUGCCUCUGAAAUUUACUAUGAUCCUGAUCCACGUUCUACGGUUAUUGAAGAAGAUGAAGAAAUUAUUCAACUACAUUUCUCUCUACUGGACGAUGAAAUGGAAUCCUCAUUAGAUCAACAAUCGCCUUGGUUGCUACGUCUUGAACUAGAUCGUGCAGCUAUGAACGAUAAAGAUUUAACCAUGGGUCAAGUUGGUGAAAGGAUUAAGGAAACAUUUAAGAACGAUCUGUUCGUUAUUUGGUCUGAAGAUAAUGCCGAGAAACUGAUUAUUCGUUGUCGUGUUGUUCGUCCAAAGUCACUGGACGCUGAAACUGAGGCAGAAGAAGAUCAUAUGUUGAAGAAGAUCGAAAACACUAUGUUGGAAAACAUCACUUUGCGUGGUGUCGAAAACAUUGAGCGUGUUGUCAUGAUGAAAUAUGACCGUAAAGUUCCUAACGAGAGCGGUGAGUACCAGAAGGUACCUGAGUGGGUGCUAGAAUCAGAUGGUGUUAAUCUAGCUGAGGUUAUGCAAGUUCCUGGCGUUGAUGCUACGAGAAUUUAUACCAACUCGUUUAUCGACAUCAUGGAAGUCCUUGGUAUCGAAGCUGGUCGUGCUGCAUUGUACAAGGAAGUCUACAAUGUUAUUGCUUCCGAUGGUUCGUACGUGAACUACCGUCAUAUGGCAUUGCUUGUUGAUGUAAUGACGACACAAGGUGGUUUGACUUCAGUGACACGUCACGGUUUCAACAGAUCCAAUACCGGUGCGUUAAUGAGAUGUUCUUUCGAAGAAACUGUCGAAAUUUUGUUUGAAGCCGGUGCUGCUGCCGAACUAGAUGACUGUCGUGGUGUAUCAGAGAAUGUUCUAUUGGGUCAAAUGGCUCCAAUUGGUACUGGUGCGUUUGACGUCAUGAUUGAUGAAGAAUCCUUAAUGAAGUAUAUGCCGGAACAAAAGAUCUCUGAACUUGAAGACGGUGAAGAAGGUGGCGCAACUCCAUACUCUGACGAGCACGGCCUGGCCAAUGCCAAUAUCGACAUCAAAGAUGAACUAAUGUUUUCCCCUCUGGUCGAUUCUGGUUCUACAGAUGCAAUGUCAGGUGGGUUUACUGCUUACGGUGGUGCAGAAUACGGUGGCGCCACGUCGCCGUUUGGUGCGUAUGGUGAUGCCCCUGCGUCUCCUGGUUUUGGUGGGGUGUCCUCUCCAGGAUUUUCCCCGACGUCCCCAGCAUACUCUCCAACGUCGCCGUCUUAUUCUCCAACUUCGCCAAGUUAUAGCCCAACAUCACCUUCAUAUUCUCCUACCUCGCCUUCCUACUCCCCCACUUCCCCAAGCUAUUCCCCAACCUCUCCAUCAUACUCUCCUACCUCUCCCUCCUACUCUCCAACGUCUCCAUCAUAUUCUCCAACAUCACCCUCAUACUCACCAACUUCGCCAAGUUACAGCCCAACAUCACCUUCGUACUCACCGACAUCUCCAAGCUAUAGUCCAACAUCUCCAAGCUACAGCCCUACAUCUCCUUCCUAUUCACCAACUUCACCAAGCUACAGUCCUACAUCUCCAUCUUACUCUCCAACCUCACCCUCGUACUCACCCACCUCACCUUCCUACUCCCCAACAUCUCCAAACUAUAGUCCAACUUCUCCUUCAUAUUCUCCAACCUCUCCAAACUAUAGUCCAGGUUCUCCUACGUACUCUCCUGGCUCUGAGGAUGAAGCAGAGAAGAAAAAAAAUGAAGAGAAUAAACAAUGA